AUUGCACUUUUCUGAAUGGGGCAGGUUGAAUGUUUUUGAAUUUUGAUUUUUUGUGAUGAGUUCAUUUCAUCGAGUGAAUCUAAACUAAAGUCAGGUUCGGUGAUUUUUCUGGCAUUUUUUAAAGUUUCCUUCCACACAGCUUAAUAAUUGAAAAUACUUUCGCUUUUUUCCUACCAACUGUAGGUGAAAUCUAAUUAACGCACAGAAUACGCAUUUUACCUUUGAUAUCAAAAUAUUCAUGUCAAGCUGAUAGGAACAUCUACAUAUGUAUUUAAAAUUCGUAUCAUUAUUGCCAUGAAAUGAACCGUCAAUGAGCACGUAUUAAUAAUAACAAAAGGUACCUAUUACCUAAUUAUUCACUGAUAAAGCACCUAGAUGAUUUUUUCAUUGGCAGAGAUUUUAUCAAAUCUGUCGAUAGAAAGUAGGUCCAUAGGUAUUUUUAUUUUAUUUUAAACUUUAUUCGAAAAAAAAUCCAUUCAAUGCUUUGAUCGUCAAGAGGAACCUACUACCUACUUAGCCAAAAGCUAAAUCUUGUUAAAUCACAGUUCUGUUGCUUGAAAACACACAUUUAAUUUAUUCGUUUACUUAUAAAGAAUCUGUAAAAUGAAAAUUGUUGGAGUGGGUCUAAUUGGAGUUUUGAUAACUUCAUUACACAUAUGUUACAUCGCGGAUGCUGCGGUUACAGAUACACCUACAGUUAGUGCAAAUCUAGGAUCAGAAUUAAUUCCGGAUGAUAUUAAGGAAGGUGACGAUAUCUACAUCACUUGUUACGUUAAACCGAGCUCAACUAAAGUUAAUAAAAUGGAUUGGUUUCACAACGAUACGCAGAUAUCUACUGACUUCAAAGCUGGUAUCGUAGCUUCGUAUGGAAAUCUAGCGCUACAAAAAGUUAGUAAAUUAUCAGCUGGAAAAUAUUCCUGUCAAAUUACUACCUCGAAUGGAACUCUGAACAGUAAUCCUGUGCUUGUAAAUGUUAACGAUAAUCCACACUUCCAAAAUAAUGCUGCUAUUUCUAUACAUACGAGUACCAGUACAGAAAAUGCACCUGCAACCAAACUCGAAAACACUUCAGACACUCGUUUUGAACUUCCCGGUUUCAACAAAGAUUUCCUAAAUACUCUUGUAGCUGGCCAAAAAGAGACCAGGAACUUUAAGACCGUCGAAUACGUUUUUAAUUACACUCGAAGCGCCGGUGGAGAUGUCACGUUCUUGUGGCGGAAAGGAAAAGAUUCGGUUGAAAUGCAGUUCAUACCCCGUGAGGCCUUUUACACUGAUAGGUACGCUGACGUAUCAAACGCCUAAAAAACGCCAUAAAAACCAUGGUAAAAUUGUGGUAUAAUAGUCGUAUACACGGCAAUUUUACGUUCGCUCAAAAUACUGCGAUAUUGCGAGUAGUAUUUUUGACGUAAAUUUGCACUUUUUACUACUUUGCGAGUACGUCAACUUUACGCCAAAGUUGCGAGGAGUAAUUUUGAUGUAAAUGUGUCGUACCUACAUCAUCAUUUUUACUCUUGAAAAAUGCUUUCAUUAGGAUGUAGUAUUUUCAACGUAAACUUAUGGUACAUACGGCAUGGUUUUGUAAGACGUAUUAACGUCGAAUUUGGAGACGUAAUUUUGACAAGAAAUUGCUGUAAAUACUACAUCAUCAAUUAGCCUAAAAUACAUCGAAUUCGCGCGUAGUAUUUUUGUGAUAUUUUUAUGGUUGAUACGUCAUGAACUGAACUCUGAAAAAACGUCUGAUUUUGCAUGAGGUAUUUUUGACGUAAAUUUGGAAUUUUUACUACAUCGUAAGUACGUCAAUUACACGUCAAAGUUGUGAGGAGUAAUAUUAGCGUUUUUCAAGAGUGAAAAUUAUGAUUUAGUUACCACACAUUUACGUCAAAAUUACUCGUCGCAACUUUGGCGUAUAAUUGACGUACUCGCAAUGCAGUAAAAAUUGCAAAUUUACCACAAAAAUACUAUUAUGUGCAAAUUCGACGUAUUUUAGGCUGAUUAACGAUGUCACAUUUACUGCAAUUUUUUGUCAGAAUCACCCUGACAAAUUUGACGUUACUACAUCUCAAAAACCAUGGCGUACAUACCACAAUUUUACGUUGAAAAAACUAUAUCUUAAUGAAAGCGUUUUUCAAGAGUAAAAGUUAUGAUUUAGUUACCACACAUUUACGUCAAAAUUACUCGUCGCAACUUUGGCGUAUAAUUGACGUACUCGCAAUGCAGUAAAAAUUGCAACUUUACCACAAAAAUACUAUGAGUAAAUUCGACGUAUUUUAGUGAGAUUAACAAUGUCACAUUUACUGCAAU